CUCACGCCGGGGCGCGCUGGGGCACGUUCUGUGCUACGCACGCUUUAUCAGGCGUCUUCCCGCGCGACUGCCUCUCUGUUCUCCCGAUUCCUCAGAGCCCGCUGGGUGUCCGGCCUUUUGGGUUUUAAUUUUCCAGGAUUUACAUCUGCCAUGUCUUCUGAAGAGGGGAAACUCUUCGUGGGAGGGCUCAACUUCAACACCGAUGAGCAGGCACUCGAAGACCACUUCAGCAGCUUUGGGCCUAUCUCUGAGGUGGUUGUUGUCAAGGACCGGGAGACACAAAGAUCCCGGGGUUUUGGCUUCAUCACCUUCACCAACCCGGAACAUGCCUCAGACGCCAUGAGAGCCAUGAAUGGAGAGUCUCUGGAUGGGCGCCAGAUCCGUGUGGACCAUGCAGGCAAGUCUGCCCGGGGAACCAGAGGGGGUGCCUUUGGGGCCCAUGGGCGCGGUCGCAGCUACUCUAGAGGUGGUGGAGACCAGGGCUAUGGAAGUGGAAGAUACGACAGUAGACCUGGAGGAUAUGGGUACGGGUAUGGCCGGUCUAGAGACUACAGUGGCAGAAGCCAGGGUGGUUAUGACCGCUAUUCAGGAGGAAAUUACAGAGACAAUUAUGACAACUGAGAUGGGGCAUGCACACAUAAUGUAGGUGGAUGAAGACUCAGGAACUUCCCAGAAUUCUGCCUCACCCACUGAGCCAGGCCCAGAUUAUGGGGCAUUGUGGCUAACCCCCACCAGGUGGGUACUUGGUCUGAGGAAGCAUUCUAUGCUGGGCCUUUGGGGAAGAAAGGUGGUGGGAACUGCCUUGAAGGUGGGGGGUGGGAAGGAAAUGCACUCAGUGUCACCUGAGGUAGUAUUUCAUAAUCAACCAUAAAAUAACUUCAGCUGAGUGAUUUUUUUCUGUGGGAAGGUGUCUAUAUAUGAUCAACAAAGGCCAUAAAUAAGCCUCUGAUUUUUUUUUUUUUUUUUUUGGUUUUUUCGAGACAGGGUUUCUCUGUGGCUUUGGAGCCUGUCCUGGAACUAGCUCUGUAGGCCAGGCUGGUCUCAAACUCACAGAGAUCCGCCUGCCUCUGCCUCCCAACUGCUGGGAAAGCCUCUGAUUCUAUAACAGUUGCUCCACUUUCCAGAUAGUGAACUGUAUUGUAAUAAUUUAGCUGUGGAAAGUCUAUGUCUCAGUGCUAAUUGAUGUGAGACAAAGGGCCCAGAAGGCCCACUGCAGAACAGAGUUUGGUAAAACUCAGAUUUGAGGUUCAAAACUCAAAUCCCCCCGUGUAAGGGCUUGGACUUAGAGUCAAAGCACCUUGGUGCUGGAAUUAUAGGAAUGUAAUAAACGAUUCUGGGGACUGAGCCUAUGGCUUGCUGCACACUAGGAUAGCUGCGUUCUAUGAACUGAAGCUAUAUCUCCUUCCAGCCUCCAAAAAUAGUAUUUCUAGGCCCUGCUUCUCAGUUUUCAGCAUUUAAAAUGGAAACUGCUUAUAUCAGUAGGUUGGGUUUAAAUGGAAAAGUGUCUAAAAUGGACAUGCCCCUUGCCCACAUUUUACAUUGAGGGGAUGUAGAAUGUAUUCUGUUUUUCCUAAGGCAUUGGAUGAAAGUACGUUCUGUGAUUACUUAAGGCAUGUGAAAACAUUUGGUGACAAUUAACUGAUAUCCUGAUUUUUGCCUGUUUAUCAAAAUGAAGCCUCCUAGGCCCUUCUCAGCUGCAAGCCUCUCCCCUUCUUCAGCGAAGGCUAUCCCUUAUUUUCAAUUCAUGGUUCACAAAGAUCUAAAAUAUACUUCAGGAGGUAAGACCGGACAAGGGUGUUUGUAACCAUUACUCACUUAGCAUGAUUACAGUAAGGCUCUUAAUGGUGGUUUUUGAGGAACUGCCCUAGAUCCUGUAGAUUAAAAGGUGGGACUUUACCUUGUUAAAAAGUGAAAUCCCAAAUAAAGCUUUCUUAAUAUG